ACUCGCGCAUGCCCAAUAAGCCUUGUGCCGCUCUAGUCCGCGCUAUCGGUGGCCGGUCCUCUUUGGCUCCCUGUCGGGGAAGCGGCAGCUUUGCUGGACGGAGGGGAGGCGGACGGGCUCUUUCGGGGGUCCCCGAGCGGUUAUCGCGGCCUCGCCAUGUCUGCCAGCGCAGUUUACGUGCUGGACCUCAAGGGGAAGGUCCUCAUCUGUCGAAAUUACCGUGGAGAUGUGGACAUGUCGGAAGUGGAGCAUUUCAUGCCCAUCCUUAUGGAGAAGGAAGAAGAAGGGACCCUGUCUCCCAUUCUGGCUCAUGGAGGCGUUCGCUUUAUGUGGAUUAAACACAACAAUUUAUAUUUGGUGGCCACCUCAAAGAAGAAUGCCUGCGUCUCUUUGGUCUUCUCAUUCCUCUACAAGGUUGUUCAGGUGUUUUCUGAAUAUUUCAAAGAGCUGGAAGAAGAGAGCAUUCGGGAUAACUUUGUGAUCAUUUAUGAACUCUUGGAUGAACUGAUGGAUUUUGGAUAUCCGCAAACUACUGACAGCAAAAUUUUGCAAGAGUACAUCACCCAAGAAGGGCACAAGCUGGAAAUUGGAGCACCACGCCCUCCGGCCACGGUCACCAAUGCCGUCUCUUGGCGGUCGGAAGGGAUCAAGUACCGGAAGAAUGAAGUCUUCCUGGAUGUCAUAGAAUCGGUGAACCUCUUGGUGAGCGCCAAUGGGAAUGUUCUGCGCAGCGAGAUCGUUGGCUCCAUCAAGAUGAGGGUUUUCCUUUCCGGAAUGCCAGAGCUCCGCUUGGGCUUAAAUGACAAAGUUCUCUUCGAUAACACUGGCCGUGGGAAAAGCAAAUCUGUGGAGCUUGAAGACGUGAAGUUCCACCAGUGCGUUCGUCUCUCUCGCUUUGAAAACGACAGGACUAUUUCUUUUAUCCCACCUGAUGGGGAGUUUGAGCUCAUGUCCUAUCGCCUGAAUACUCACGUGAAGCCCCUGAUUUGGAUCGAGUCUGUCAUAGAGAAGCAUUCCCACAGCCGCAUUGAGUACAUGAUCAAGGCCAAGAGUCAGUUCAAGCGCAGAUCCACAGCCAACAAUGUAGAGAUUCACAUACCUGUUCCCAAUGAUGCGGAUUCGCCAAAGUUCAAAACCACAGUUGGGAGUGUCAAGUGGGUGCCGGAGAACAGCGCCAUUGUGUGGUCUGUCAAGUCUUUCCCGGGAGGGAAGGAGUACUUGAUGCGAGCUCAUUUUGGUCUCCCAAGCGUGGAAGCAGAGGACAAAGAGGGGAAGCCGCCCAUCAGUGUUAAGUUUGAAAUCCCGUAUUUCACCACUUCUGGGAUUCAGGUUCGCUACUUAAAGAUAAUUGAGAAGAGUGGCUAUCAGGCCUUGCCAUGGGUCCGCUACAUCACCCAGAACGGAGAUUAUCAACUACGGACACAGUGAGAUCAUCUGAAGAGCCACGGCCAAGAAAGCAUCACAUCUUCCAGUUCAGAAACAUGUUUGGUGCUUAAAGGUUGUCUUGGGGGUGGGGAGAGCUGGCUGGAAGGGGGGUCCAGCUGCGUCUGACAUCCAGCAGUGCUUGAUGCAGACCCUGUGAAUGUUUGUUUGCUUUUCCCAACCCCUUCCUGUGCCCUGUUCAGUAUUAAUCAUGCUAGGAGUAGCUGUUGCCCUGAGAGGAGCCAAUCUCAGGAUAGCCUGGCCAGUUUUAUUUUUGUGUUUCAGAAGCUUGAGCUCCUUUCUGAAGCUUUUUGUGAGUAUUAGCUAAGCCCUUCUUGCCAGAGAAAUGCCUGCUGACUCAUCUGGGUUCUACAGAAACAUUUUGUCAGCUCUGUUAGUGUGGAGCUAUUCAAAAUGGAGGUAAAAAAUAUAACUCGCCUCACUUGACAACUUUCAGCCCAAGGGGUGGAAGCUGUUGCUCUUAUGCGAGGAUGGGGAAUUCAGAAUGCCUGACUGAGCUGUCUUAUGUAUGCAACAUUGAUUGUGGGGGUGGGGGAAGCAUCCCUUUUGUGUCAUUUUCACAAGCAGCACCUGAGCAGGCACACCUGUGCCUGGACGACGCCACUUCUGGGGGUGGAGGGCUCGUGCGAUGGAUUGCUCGUUGGUACUAGAAAAGGUCCUGCAUAUGGAAAACUAGCAUGUUAGGUGUUCUGCAUGCAGGGAAUUACUGCCUCCAGUCACUCGAGUGGGCCACGUCUGCUGCUUAUGAAAGCAAAGCUCUUGUCAUGUCAGCGGGCACAAGGGCUCCCAGCGGAACCAGAUGCACAAAGUCCUUGUGAACUUCUGACCUAACAGGGUAUGUAGAAAGUAGGGUGGAUGUGGAGAGUCUUCUUUCCUUUCUUCCUCUCUCCCCCCCUGCACAGAACCCCCCCCCCCCCGUUUUCAUUCAUUCCUUCUGUUCCUGGGCGGUCACUUCUUUUUGCGUCGGCUCAGCGACCAGUGUGUCUCCUCUGUGGCAUAUGCUAUUUAGCGAGUGUAUCUUUUUGUUUCACAUUAGUGUUAUUUUGCCCCUCCCCUUUUCUUCUAUAGACCUCUGGCUUGCAAUUUCAUGGACAUGUUUGCAAUGAUUACAUCUAGUGUUGUUUAAAGCUGCCUUUUUAGAGUAUACCAACAAGAGUUUUGGACCUCAGUGACUUCCUUAGGUGUGUGUCAGGCGGCUUCAGAGGCUGGACGGCUCUCGCCCUGCAAGGCUGCAACCCCUGUUAACAUUCCUUUUGACAGAAUGGAAGCUUGCCCUGACACUGAGGGGGGAGGAGUGGGCCACUGGCUCUUCUCGUGGAUGUGGGUGGAUCCUCCUUUGUUGCGCUUCAAAGGUCCUCUGUGGCAGUUGUAGCCUCGUCAUUGGGUCGGGGUGAUGUGUGGGUGUGGGAUUACCUGCUAAAGUUGGUUCAAAGACAUAACUCCACAGCUGCACCCUCCCCCACUGCUGUCACAAGCACCGUCAAGCAUGCACCGUUCCUGCAGAAGGCAAUUGUACUUGUUGCCUAAAAGACUGUUGAAAAUAAAUUGAGCUUUUCUCAAUCAA